GCGUCCCCUAUUGGCGGGAAGCGCGGGGCCCAAAGGCCUGCAUUGGUCAGGCAGCACGUGCGGGCCACCUGCACCUGGCCGGUGGGGUGAACUGUUAUAAAAGGCCCAGACGUACCCCCCUGCUAGUCAGAUACCGGCUUGCAGCCGAACAGUUUUCACAGCCAGCAACGCUUACCGUUCCUCCGACUAUCAUACGCUCGAGUUUACCCGCCAGUCGUUUGUUCCUUUUUUUUUUCUUUCGCUUCCUUUCCUCCUUUUCUUUCUUCCCUUCUUUUUUUCUCGCUUCCUUUCACGCUCUCUUCCUCCGUUCCGCAGCGUUUGUCAGUUCGUUUCAUUUCGGUAUCGGUUGAACAGUAGUCGGUUCAGUUUAGCUCCGACAUUCCUCCUCGGAAGGAAGAAGAUCGUUUCUCGCGCGUUUCGUCACGAGAAAAAGUGUAUUCAACGAAAAGGACCAACCACAAGGACAUUUUUGUAUCAUCGGAAGUGUAUCGCAGUGCAGUGAUCACGUACCACCAGUUUGACAGUUUGUGGUUUGUGUGAUUUAUGCCGAUCAGCCACUGGAUUAACAACCGCCGCGGUGUCCAGAAAAAAAGUCCAGCCACGCGAAAGCUUUCUACGGUGAACACGUCAGCCAGAGACAGUCAAAAUGCUGGUCGAAGAAGUACCGAGGAGCUUCGUUAAGAAGAACAAUAGUUACAGUCACUGUCCACUCAAGAAACGGCCAGUGCACGUCCUGCCCACCGAAGAAGUUCCAGAAGUGAUCAAAGAAGAGAUCAUCGAUGUCGUGAUGGACGACAUCCCCGAGCCGGAGAAUCUGAGCACAAAGCCAGAGGAUCUGAGCAGAACGGCAGAGCGACACCAACAGCACCAGGAGCCGGAACAACGCGUCACCAGGUCUCCCUCGCCAGUCGCCAAUGUCGCUUCCUCCUCGUCCCCGUUGGCAAGCAGGCCGGCCUCGCCAACGAUGCACGGUCACGUGCAUCCCAUACGGCUGCAACAUCAUCACGCGUAUCCAACGAAAGCGAUCACGCCGCCGGUAGGUAUCGCGCCGAUCCAUCCGGUGGCGAAAAAGGCGCGAGUGGAAGUUUUGCAGCACGACAACUCGUCGUCGACGGCAGCGGUGACAGCCACGUCAGCGCCGUUACACUUUAUGGCGAGCAAGGCUCCGCUGCAACCUUUAAAUCUGAACACGCCGGUUGAACCGUUGGCGCACUACGCCACACCCGCGUGGGCUCGUACAACGCCGCUCUACCCGUCGCAUUAUUUACCUUAUCCGGCGGCCUAUCACUAUCAUCACGCCGGGGCAGAGCUCUAUCCGUCCUACCCGAUACCAGCGUAUCCGCACUCGUCGCCGGAGCAUCACCCAUCGGUCACGCCGCCACCGCACGGUGCCGCGCUCACCUGUCCAACGAUUCAGAGACCGAUCGCGAGAAGUUACAGUCAUUGGGCCAGUCCCGAUCACUGUGGCCUCUCGCCGACGAGUUCGCUGGGCUCCGGAUCGCUCCGAUCGCCACCGCCAGUCACGCCGGAGGAUCUCUCGUCUCCCGGCAGCGACAGCGGGAGAUCGUCCGCUGGAAGCACGUCGGCCGGCUCCGCGAUCGUCAACCCGAAGAUCGAGAAGAUCGGAGGUGCGUCGAGUGGUUCCACGGCCUCGUCCUUGUCAUCGUCUUCGUCCACCUCGUCGUCCUCGUCGUCGUCGACGUCGACGUCACCGAGGUACCAGUGCCCCGACUGCGGCAAAUCCUACUCGACUUACUCCGGUCUGUCGAAGCACCAGCAGUUCCACUGCGCGGCUGCCGAGGGCCAGGCGAAAAAGUCCUUCUCGUGCAAAUACUGCGAGAAAGUGUACGUGAGCCUUGGCGCGUUGAAGAUGCACAUCAGGACGCACACGUUGCCCUGCAAGUGCCACCUCUGCGGGAAGGCGUUCUCCAGGCCGUGGCUACUCCAAGGACACAUCAGGACGCACACCGGCGAGAAGCCGUUCAGCUGUCAGCACUGCAACCGAGCGUUCGCCGACAGGAGUAACCUGAGGGCGCAUCUUCAGACGCACAGCGACGUGAAGAAGUACUCGUGUACCUCGUGCAGCAAAACGUUCAGCAGAAUGUCGCUGCUGACGAAACAUCAGGAGGGCGGUUGUCCCGGUGUCGCUGUCCCGAUCGCCUACGGUUGCUGAAUCCGAUUCGGAUUUGUCGAGUUCCAGAGAAGGAACGUUAGAAGAAAAAGUACGACGCCCGAGGCGCCGAAAUCUCGGGGAAACGGUUCUCCGAGAAAAUUUUCGAUGUGAUUGUCCCGACGAAAAGGAAUCCUCCUCGGAUUCCUUCGACACGUUCCUUACUUUUUUUUCUUUUUCUUUUUUUUUUUUUUUUUUUCAUCAAUAAAACAUUUAGUACUUUGUUAAACUUGUUCGAUCGAUGAAGUGCCUUACGGAGUACAAAUAAAUAGCAAUUAGAAAUUAGGACGAUCAGAAGAAUGACCGGAGGGUUCGGUUUCUCGAUGGGUUGGUUCGCGUUUGACUCGACCGAGAGACUGAGAGAGAGAGAGAGAAUUACGGAGACGGACAUAUCGAGUAGUACCUGGGAUUUCGAUUAAAAUUCACAUUCGUGGCGCGCAAAGUUUUUGAACGAGAUCGUCGAUACGACACGCGUCGCGUCGAGCAGCCGAACCCAGAACUUACAGAACGACGACAAAUUCUCUCGAAGGAUCGUGGAG